AUGUCACAACUUGUAAAACAAGGGUAUUAUUAUUCGACUUACAGCGAAGCGAUGAAAGUGUUUUUGACAAUUUAUUUUCUGCUUUAUGCAGUGGAAGCAUACACGUUCGCAAAUAUUUCCAAACUUCAAAAGGAUUUAUUCACAAACUAUGAAAAGGAAAUCCGACCUGGUGAGAACCAAACAAUAAAAACCGAAAUCAAAAUUUCAUUCUACUUGAGGAGCAUUAAGGAGUUCCAGGAAAUUGAUAGAAAAAUGGGUUUAGUAGGCACUCUUGGUGUGGAGUGGAGAGAUGUUCGCCUUGUUUGGAAUCCACCAGACUACGACGGUGGCCUUAAUCAAACUUUCCUUCCCGUUGACAAGAUUUGGACACCGUAUCUGGUCCUGACGAAAUCACAAGAAGAAAUUCAACCGAUACUUUCCAAUGGAUUUUUUUGCAGCGUUUGGUAUGAUGGAAAUGUAUCAUGCUUGCCGCCUCCUACCACUUUUGAAGCAUUGUGCUCGGCCAACAUUACCUAUUAUCCAUUUGAUACUCGACGUUGUAUUUUGCAGCUGUAUGUUUCAGGAUAUUUUUAUUCCGAUUUUAAACUUAUACCUAAAUCAGAUACCUUUAAUAGGGAUAUGUUUGUAUAUGAUGGGCAGUGGUCUAUAACUAGCACUUCUAUUUAUCCUUUCACUCAUCACAUUGAUAAUAUAAGUUUUGAAUUAUUGUAUUUGGCAAUUAAUUUGGAACGAAGACCAGAAACAUAUUUGUGGCAAAUAUCGCCAAUGUUUGUUUUAAGUGUGCUGCAGCUUCUGGUGUUUGUGUUGCCCGAUGAAUCAGGUGAGAGAGUAGGAUUUUCAUUAACUAUUCUCCUGGCUGAGGUUAUAUUUCUUACAAUAACUGAAGAGAAGCUACCCAAAACUUCGGAUGUACCAAUUCUUGUUUUUAAACAAUUUGGAGACAUUUUUACCAGCAUUGCAAUACUAAGUGGAGUGAUAUGGGCUAGUAGAUGCUAUGAUAAAGCUAAAUCUAAAGAAUCCGAGAAAACAGAAGAAACACCGGGUGUUGAACAAACAAAAGAUGAAAAUAUGUCGGGGAAAAGUGUUGACAAAUUGUUUCUUAUUGUAUGUUCUUUAUACACGGUUUUAAUUAAUUUUUUUUGUUAUAUGCUGGCAAAAUUUUCAUAAUCAAUUUAUUUUACAGGCGCAUUGCAUCUACAUGCAAUAUCAAUAAGGCAAUUGUACUCUGCAAGUAUAUCAAAAAGAUACUAGUAGCUGAUCAGUGUAAUAUUUUUAACCAAUACUAGUAUUAAAACGUAACCUCGGUGUGUAGAGUUCAUAUAAGUUUAAUACUUGUAGCUCUGUUUCCUAAAUUAAUGUUAUGAUUAUAUUAUAAAGUGCAUAAAAUACAUGGAUAAGGUAUUUCUUUCCUUUUCGUUUUUGUUUGUUUGUUUUGCUUGGGAUUUUUAUAAUUUUGACAAUAGUAAUCAUGUGUAUUGUAAUUUGUGUAGUUGAUAUGUAACUAUUAGAUAGAUCAGUAUAAUAUAAUAGGCUGUGACUUAAAACAUAGCAAAAUAGAAACAUUAUUUCUUGUAUCCAAAAUAUGUUAACAAGUCUUAUAAACUUUG